AGUAAGCGAAGUAUGCAGCGACACCAAGUGCUCACGUUAUUUCCGAUAUCUGGUCAAAUUUAUAAAAUCUUAUUGGGAAAUCAGCUCACAGACACAUUAGUUAAUAAUGUAUACGGCUAAAAAUGUAGACAUAUUUCGCUAUGUUGCUUUGUUCUUGGUUGUUAUUGUUCACGCAGAACAAUGUCACAGGUCUUUAUCCGUAGUGAAAGGAUGUAACGGAAGUAGAAAUUGCACUACCGGUUGGAAGCAUCUUCUCCGCUCGGAUCAGCUGGCACAGACGCUUGCAGGUGUCAGUCCGUUUCUUUCGGAAGAGUACAAUCGCAGGUGUAACGCAUGCGCAGAGCAACGGAACUUGAGUGCCACGCCAAGAGACUGCAGGGAAGUGUACCACAACGGUGAUCGGACGACUGGGGUCUACACAAUCUAUCCUAUGGCAAUUAAGGCUUCACAGGUUGUGUGCGACAUGGCCACGGAUGGCGGGGGCUGGACGGUCCUACAGAGGCGAGUGUCAGACACAGACUUCUACAAGACCUGGUCAGAGUACCAGAGCGGCUUUGGAGAUCCGCAAAACUUCUGGCUCGGAAAUGAGAACAUCUGGGCGCUGACAAGUACCAGAAACUACUCACUUAGAAUAGAUCUUACGGCGCCUGAUGGACAGACGGCUUACGCUCGAUAUAGCUCGUUUAAAAUCGAAAACUUCCAGUCUAGGUAUCGACUUCACAUUUCCGGUUACAGCGGCACGGCUGGAGAUAGUUUAGGUGGUCUUCGUCACAACGGUUACGUGUUCUCCACCAAGGACAUGGAUUCCACGGCCGGAUGUCCGGCCCUGUACCGCGGAGGUUGGUGGUACGACACCUGCCAUUCGUCCAAUCUCAACGGCGUCUAUAAUAACACCACUUACGGCAUGGGGCUGAACUGGUUCUCAUGGAAGGGCUAUCACGUAUCCAUGGUGAGAACGGAAAUGAAAAUAAAAUGACGAACUCUUCAGAAGAUUAAACGUACGUUUAAAGAACUACUUUAGUCGUCUAAAGUAUAGAAUAUUCUAUUGGUAUCUAUCGAGUAUUCAUCUCAUUCUGUCUGGACUACAUGACUUAUAUUCAUUCUAAAAUAGUCCGUCUGUUUUGUUUGCUUAUUUGAAUGCGGGAUCACGAAAGUAAUAGAUAUUUGCUUCAUGCGGACUCCUUUUAUACGCGAAGAUUGAACCUGUCACGCAGAUAAUUAUAUAACAUGUAUUAUGUUUCCAUUAUAGAGUAUGUGUUAUU